AGUACAAACACGUAUAAAUUAACUAUAUAAUUUUAUUUGACUCAAUACAUCUAAUGGCACUGACAAGGCUCAACUUUUUCACUAGAAUGUGGAUUCUGAUCUUCGUUCUCAUUUCUUUCAAUUGUGUUGAUUCUCUUACUUUUUCGUGUCCUAGUAACUGUCGCUGUUCGGAUAAUUACUCAUCCGAAUCGGCUGACGACACGAAAAGGACUCUAGAAUGCCGAGUAGAUUCUCAAGAUGGCCUGAUCAGUUUUCCCGAGUUACAUCCGGAGGUUGAGGUAUUCACACUUACUGCUGGAAGUUACUUGAAACAAACACACGAAGAGACUUUCAGAGGGAGCCAACAGCUGGAGCAGAUUUCGUUGAAUAAUUCGCAACUUGAAGAUGUGGGAAAGGAGACGUUUUCUGGACUCUGGAAGCUGUCGCGUCUGGAUCUCAGUGGAAACAAGCUGAUGUUUCUGUCUUUGAAGGCCUUCUGGAAAUUGGAAAGCUUUUUGGUAACAUUGAACUUGAGAAACAACCCGUGGCACUGUGACUGUGAACUGAGGAGGGAAAUGGAGAGAAUUCACGAGGCCAUUUUCUUCGACAUCAACACAAUCAAUUGUUCAACACCAGUGGAGUUCCAGGGUAUGAAUCUGUUCGAUAUAGGCGAGUCAGAUGUUUGUCCCAGACUGGGCAAAGCCAAAAUAGGAAAUGUCAUCUUCCUUCUAGUGAUUCUUGUAUUGGCUAUAGUCCUCACAAUCGCAUGCAUCAUUUACUACUACGGAUGCAUAAUGCGACAAUAUAGACACGAGAAACUUUUCAAACCUCCCCAGUCGGUCAUCAAAUACUACCCCAAAGUGAAACAGCAGCCGAGCGAUGAAGUCAACAACGAAGAGCAUUACGACCAAUAUGACAGUUUGCCCAAUUCUCCCAGAGUGUCUUUGGGUGAAAAUAGCGGCCAAUCAAAAGGGAGAUUGAGCUCACCCACAAGUGGCAGCUUCACCAUUGCUAGGCCACGACCAGAACACCAAUUGAGCCCCAAUUCGAGCUCCAUUUCCAACCAACCAGCGUCGAUACUUGGCAGACGGUCUUCUCGUGCUAGUUCUCGUGGCUCGAUUCGAUUUGAUUUGAGUCCCCAACCAAAUCAGUCCCAGAGACAACCGUCAACCCCUCUAAGCCCCAAUUCAAGCUGGUCUUCAAGCCAGCCAGAACCGGUUUAUCGCAAAUCGCCCUCUCGAACUAGUUCUUCGAUCCGAGAUGAUUUGAGACGCCAACCGAAUCAGUUCCAAAGACGGCCGUCUGUUCCUAUCAGUCAAGACCGAAGUCAUAGAAGACAGCCGAACCUUAGAGAUUCCAGUUCCAGAUACGAAGAAGAUAAAUUUGGAUAUCUAAGACCACCCAGGGUUGCUAAUCCAGGAACCAGAGAUAAACUUGGUCAACAGACGUUCGCAUAGGGUGCGCAUGGUUUUUGUUAACAAUGAUGCGAAGAAGUAUAUGUUAAAUAAUGUAAAAUAAUCAUAAUAAUCAUAAAUUUGUUCAUAAAAUAUGAAAAUUCUAUCAAUUGAAGAGUACCGAAACCAGCAAGCGCAGAAAGUAGUUCAUCCUGCAAAUGCGCCGCUUAAAAACUUUUAUUUCGUAACCAAAAACUAUCAGUUAAUCAAUGUAUUACUUAUACCAAACAACGAAAAGGCGUUAUACCAUAAAUUAAACAGUUUAGUUGAGCGUAAUCUAAAAUGAAUGACGCGCUGAA